AUGCAAACAUUCAUUAAACCAUCAGUUAUAAAAAGUUAUCCAAAUUUUACUCUUACCUGGACAAAAAGAGGAAAACCGAUGAUAACACAUAACGGAUACGAUUUAAUUUUACAUAAUAUCGAUAAAAAAAGACCAACGAGACACUGGAGAUGUAGCAGAUGCUGGAUGGGUUGUAAAGUUCGCGCCAGAUUAGUCGAUUAUAAAUUAGUUUUUAUAUCAAAAGCUGCACAUAAUCAUCCACCGAAUAUUUUAAUGACUUGUUUCGAUAUAUAA